GUGAUAUCAGGUGAAUCGUGGAUGUAAUUUCAAGUGACUUUGAGACGAGAUGUGAUUUGUGUUUUUUCGGACAAUCGCGCGAGUGACUUUUGCUAAAAUUUAAAGGACUCUGAAUCUGAAGACGUUAGAACAAUGCCUGCAGUAUGCUGUUGCCUGAUGAAACCUACGAACAAAAUGCUGUAUUCACGGGGCAUAUCUUGGCAAUGCUUCGGAUGUAUGACGACUUUCUGUACCACUACAGGAUACGGCCUGAGUUUUUUUGCAGAUAUAAAGAAAAGCAGGCUUUGCAGAAGAGAUUAACCCGCGCUCUAACUGCCUCACGUAAUAAACAAGCUAGCUCUAAAUGCAGGGAUGCAUCAUCCUCAAAUGAGGCAGUUCACUUACAGCAGCGUCUUCGAAGUCUAAGCACUGAGCUUGUAACGCUAAGAAACCGGCUCCAUGUCCAAGGAGGACAGCCGGCCACCGUAAAAGGCGGUGGCGGACCUAUUCCUCCCCUUGCACCUGUCUCGACUGCACCACAGCCAGCAGUACCACCAAGGUCUGCACACAACAACGUACCUGCACCAAUAGGCUCUGUAACUCAACAACAACGACCUCAGGCGCCUUCCAGCGGUUCCUCGUCGAACCUCGAAGAUCUAAUCCAUCUUCAUGGACCGCUCACUGAAGAUGCAGUCAUGAAAUGUUUACAAGCGCGAUUUCAAGCAUCCAACUUUUACACAAACGUUGGUCCGAUUCUGCUGUGUGUAAAUCCGUACAAAGAGGUCGGCAAUCCGUUGACACUGAGCAGUACAAGGGGAAUAGCGUUAAGUCCACAAUUAAAUAAGGUUGUCCAGGAGGCCGUUCGACAGCAAUCCGAAACUGGAUAUCCUCAAGCCAUAAUCUUAUCAGGAACCAGUGGUUCUGGCAAAAGCCAUGUUUCUAUGUUACUAUUGCGACAACUGUUUGCCGUAGCAGGGGGAGGUCCAGAGACUGACGCGUUUAAGCAUUUGGCUGCUGCUUUUACAGUAUUACGUUCCUUAGGGUCUGCGAAGACUAUGACCAAUUCGGAAUCUAGUCGAAUUGGUCAGUUCAUAGAAGUUCAGGUAACUGAUGGAGCCUUAUACCGCACGAAAAUUCACUGUUACUUUUUGGACCAAACUAGAGUGAUACGACCAUUACCAGGUGAAAAAAAUUACCAUAUCUUUUACCAAAUGCUCGCUGGGUUAUCGACUGAGGAGCGGACUAAACUUAAUCUAGAAGCACAAACAAUAACGUCGUUAAGGUAUCUCCAGUAUGGAGAUACACGGCAGGACACUAUUGAAGAUUCGAAUAGGUUUCAAGCUUGGAAAAACUGUUUAGGAAUCUUGGGCAUACCAUUCCUGGACGUUGUAAGGGUCCUAGCAGCAGUUCUUCUUCUGGGAAAUGUGCAAUUUAUGGACGGAAAAGGUCUGGAAGUCGACGUCAAAGGCGAAGCCGAACUAAACGCCGUCGCUGGACUAUUAGGAGUCUCAGGUGGCGCCCUUUUCCGAGGCCUCACUUCCCGCACUCACAACGCUAGAGGCCAGCUCGUGAAAUCCGUGUGUGAUGCCAAUAUGUCAAACAUGACAAGAGACUGUCUCGCGAAAGCUUUAUAUUGUCGUACUGUAGCUACCAUAGUUCGUAGAGCUAAUAGUCUUAAGAGGUUAGGAUCUACAUUAGGAACUUUAAGUUCCGACUCGAAUGAAUCGGUUCAUAACCAAGCGGAAGUGACGAGCCAGCAUGCUUCUACUAUAGGUGGGAGUACUAACGCAGGAAGUAAGUCAAUGGCAGCAUUAAACAACGCCAUUAGACACGCGACUGAUGGGUUUAUAGGAAUACUUGAUAUGUUUGGUUUUGAAGAACCAAAACCAAGCCAGCUAGAACACCUUUGUAUUAACCUAUGUGCAGAAACUAUGCAGCACUUUUACAAUACUCAUAUAUUCAAGUCUAGCAUAGAAUCUUGCAGAGAUGAAGGCAUCAAUUGUGAAGUAGAAGUAGACUAUGUAGACAACGUACCAUGCAUUGAUUUAGUCUCAUCUUUGCGAACUGGUUUGUUAAGUAUGCUUGAUGUUGAAUGUUCUAUCCGUGGUACAGCCGAGUCGUAUGUGUCAAAGAUAAAAGUUCAACACAAAAAUAAUUCUAGACUGUUCGAUCCGAAACCGAUUGAUCCAAGAUUGUUUUGCAUCCAACAUUUUGCUGGUAAAGUUGUAUAUGACGCCACAGAUUUCCUGGAUACCAAUAAAGAUGUUAUUCCAGACGAUCUGGUAGCUGUGUUUUAUAAACAUAGUUGCAAUUUUGGUUUUGCGACGCACUUAUUUGGAAGCGAGCUCAAAGCUUUAUAUUCCGUGGAAACUGUUCCUAGAGGAGUCAGUUUCCGAAUAUCUCCUACUUCUCAUACAGAUCUUUUAAAUGGAGAUGAACCAGUGUCGACUUUAACACAAGACUUCCACACUCGUCUGGAUAACUUAUUGCGCACUCUGGUACACGCAAGGCCACACUUUGUCCGCUGUAUUUGCAGUAACUCACAAGAAGCAGCCAACAGGUUCGAAAGAGGUAUAGUAGUACGACAAAUCAGGUCUCUACAAGUGCUAGAAACUGUUAAUUUGAUGGCAGGUGGUUAUCCCCAUAGAAUGAGGUUUAAAGCUUUUAAUAUGAGGUAUCGAUGUCUAGCACCGUUUGCUAAACUGAACAGAACUGAAGAAAAAGUAACAGACGAUUGUAAUUUAAUUCUUCAGUACGUCAUGGACUCAAUAGGUAAACAACAAAGUCUUGUGUCUACAAGUUACGCUAUGGGAAAGAGGCAUAUCUUUUUAAGCGAAGGAAUAAGGCAGCAGCUUGAAAAGCUGAGGUCUGAAACUCGACAGAAAGCAGCUACCUUAAUUCAGUCUUGUUGGAGAGGUUGGCAUUGUCGAUAUAGAAUGUCAGCUAUUCGUCGAGAAAAAACUGUCAAUCAACCACCAGUAUCUAGGACAGCAAUCGGAGGAACACGACCAAGGCCUCAACCCAUCGCUGGUACUCCACCACCCGAUCCUAAUGAGAAAUGCGACGCGAAAAUCAUCCAACAAACUUGCAAUCUCUUUGGACUGGAUUUGGAGAGGCCUCCCCCUGUUCCUCCGAGUAGAUCGUACACAGUAACAGGAAAUACCAAGUUGGGUUACCCGCAAACCAGAGUCAUGAAAAUGACGUAUCCUGAAGAUACUACUACUGGCGACGAUGGUCCAGUUUUACUGAAAGGAGAGACUGUAUUAGUAGUAGGAGCUUCACAUCGUAGAGGUCAUUUAAUCGUUGAACAUAAACAUUGUACGCUUCAUGUGCCCUUUCAGUUUUUGGAACUGAAACAAAGUGUUAAUAUUUAAUCUUGCCAUUUGUCUUCCGCGGUCACUCUAUGGGUGCCACUAUAGUAUGCGAUUUAUCCCGAGGAUGCGGUCUACCUGUGCGUAAUAUUAUAGUGUGCGGUCUACUGAUAUCAAUUUGAAAAUUUCUGAAGGGUUUGUGCAAGAUAGUGAAAUGUAGGAAAACUCUUGUAGAAAAAAAUAUUUAUUCACAAGUAAUAAACAUUUGCAGGAAAAUAAAUAAUGUAAAAUGAAAGAGGACUCUAAUAGUUUACAAACAAAAUGCAAUCCAACUAGCUACUUACAAAAAGAAUUAUGUAUAACCUAAUUAUUUAAAAACAAUACAGCUUAAUUAUUAUUAAGAUGAUGGGUACGCAUUUUCGGCUGAAAUGCUAUUCAAGUGGGGAUUCAUUUUUUUCGAAUCCUGAGAAAACUUAUAAGUAUUUUUGAAAAAUUUAAACGCAGAAUGAAAGAUUACGUUAUUAGUGAGGGCCGAAGUUCCUGAGAACUUCUAUAAUGUUUAUUUUAAUAAGUUACAGAAAUGAAAAACUAAGAGAAAAUUUAGUGUGAUUUUUAAUUUCAAAUAUCUCAUUCAAAAUAAACUUUUUAUUUCUUCUAAGGGACUUCAGGCCCUCAGUAAUAAUUAAGUCUUUCAUUCUGCGUUUAAAUUUUUUAAAAGUAUAUAUUAGUUUUUCAGGAUUCGAAAAAAAUGGACACCAUGUCCGUGGUAAUAUUUUCCAAAUCUAUCUUUGUCUUACAACGCACUCAGUCGAAUAGAAUAUUGUCAGCAUAUUGUUAGUCAGACAUUGACCAUCAGUGACAAUUUUAAAUAUUUGACAUGGCAUCGAGAAUAUUUUGAGUUGUUGAUUAAAUAAUAUACAUAUAUAGUGUAUUUGAUAAAUAAUUGAUUUAUGACGUGAACUUAAUAAAACGUUAUUUAUUGUGUAUUAUUUGUGGAAGAUCCAAGCAGAGAAUACAUCAGGAUAAUAUAUUCUGUGAUCCAAGUAUUUUGUUGUUAAAGAUGUUCAAAAUUGUAAGCGUUCCAUAGUAACAAUAUAUUAUUAAAAAAUAACUUAACACUUUUUCUCUUUUCUCGAUUGAGUAUUAGUUUUUGUUGUACAUAUAAAUUAUUACAAUCACUGAAUACAUAGUGAAAAAAUUAUCACACUUAUUAACUGAAUUAAUAAUUUGCAAUUAUACAAAUAACAGUUAUCCAAGAACAUUGAAAAGCCAUCUCGUUAAGUUAAUGAUGACAUUUUCAAGUAGAAUGACAUUCUAGUAAUGUUUACAUAUCCAUACCAGUGUGAAUUUUACUACACGUAAUUUGCCGUGUAAAGACAGAAAAAGUAGGGAUAGCCGUAAAAUAUUUGCGAAUUAUUUACCCAUGGCCUUAAAGAAGAAAUUCAUGCACCUUAAUUUAAGAUGUGAAUUAUUCUAGCUUAAAAACGUCAUGUCGGCAUCAUAACCAAGAAUUAAAAAAAAUACCCUAUCUAUUCGCAAAAUUAAAUUUCGACAGGGCGCUCAAAAUUUCAAAGAUGGACGAUAACUCUAGGAAAACAAUUCAUUUUGUCAUUUGGCGUCACAGUUCUAAAACGUUAAAUCAAAAUCAUUUACACGAGUGUUUUGCCUAAGUAACCACUAAGUUUUGCCAUUAAGACAUCUUAUAGAUUAAAGACGACUCAAAAUUAUGUUUCACCUGUAUGCAUUUAUUAAAAUUUGAUGCUAACUACUGAUUUGAUUUUACCUUUUUUCAUAAAAAUAUCUGGCCCUUCGAUAAUCACACAGCGUUUUAAAAAUUAUUAAUCUAUAUUAGAAUUUCUAAUUUUGUUUUUAAUUUAGUUAAUAGGUACACUACAAUUUAUUUUACACCAACAGAUAACCAUUUUUAAUUAAAUAAAAACUGGAAACUAAGUAGGUGAAUUUAUUUUAUAAUAAUUAUUGUGUUCUGGAAAUUAUGAGGUGGUCGGAAUAUUUUGCAUAACUGUGUACAUUCUAUGUACAGAAUAUAUACUACAUUUUAUUUAUUUAUUUAGUUUUGCAGUCGCUUAAACAUUAAAAAAUACUACGUUUAGUACAAACGCUAAAUUAACAAAAUGUGUGAUUUCGCAUUGGUUAAUUUACGUCAUUACGUAGAGUACAAUAGGAAUGAAUACUGAGGAACACUGCAAUAGUUUUUUUUAAGUCGAAAUCAAUGUUAAUUACAAGAUAAACUGACCGCAAAUAUGUACACAAAUUAAUGACAAAGUCAAUGUUUUCCUAGAGUUGAUGCUUGUCAAAUUCGCCACCAGACUUCGCCCCUUUUGCGGUUCCUCGCCAAUAUACAGCCUACAUACGGUUUGUUGCCUUUCAAUAUUGUGUGCAAACCCUUCUAAGAAAAUAUUAUCGUGUCAUUUAGUCACAUGUAGACCGCAAGCUAUAGAAGAAACCCGAUGGUAGACCGCAUACAUAGUGGCACCACUUUAUGACAGGUACUGAUAUAUUCGCUUUUAAGGUUAUUCUAUUUAAUUGAAAACAUGUAUAUUUCGUAAUUAUACACUGAACAGUAUUUUUAUAUAAGAAUCGACUUACAUGGUGCACUAUAGUACGUAGUCUGUAUAGUAGACGAGGAAUUAUUUGGUACCAACAUUUUGAUGUUAAAUUAUUUAAUGAUAAGUUGGGGACAGUUAAUAUUUUUGCAAAAAUAAGUUUAAAACUUAAAAACAAUCAUUUAUCUUCUACUUAUGGUGCCUAUCCAAUCCAUACAUUUGUCCAUACUUAUGUUAGACAUUAACCCGGCUAUUUUGACUUUAUUAACAGUUCCCCUAAAAAGUCCGGUAGUUGCCAAGUUAAACCAUUUUUGUAAGUUAUGAAGCCAAUCAUUUAGAGUUGUUUGAAAUGUUAUAUAAUAAGUACAAUUUUUUAUUUGCUUUCUCCUACUUUCGUCGUCUCUUGUGAUUAUAUAUUAUAAAAUCCGGAGAUACGGAAUGCAGCCAGAAAGCAGUUUAUUAACGAAAAGUCUGAGAUUUAAAAUAUUGUUUAUUAUAUUUUUAUUUCAAUUAUUCUAAUUGUUUAAAAGGUAGUAAACUUUGUAUCUGGGGAUUUUCGUUGUUUUCCUCGUAAUACGAGAGAUGUCGCUAAAUUGCGUCUCAGAGGUGGGUUCAUUGCAUUGCGAUGGUUUGCCUUAAAUUGGCAGAAUUGUUUGUAUUUCCUUCAGAGUUGAGACUUCUGAGCUUCACUGAUGAGGCAUAAGGAUGCUGAAAUAGCUAUAUGGAGAUGGUGGUCCAACUCUGAAUCAAAUAUAAACAAAACCUGCCUUGAUCUUUUUUAUCUUUUUCAUUUUUACUCAGUUUGAGUAUUUAGAAACUGUCCUUCGGUCCUUUUCCUUGACGAAGGGAAGGUAAAUGCGUGGCCUAAGCGUCCUCUAUUUGCUUUCUCCUACUUUCGUCGUCUCUUGUGAUUAUAUAUUGUAAAAUCCGGAGAUACGGGAUGCAGCCAGAAAGCAGUUUAUUAACGAAAAGUCUUAGAUUUAAAAUAUUGUUUAUUAUAUUUUUAUUUCAAUUAUUCUAAUUGUUUAAAAGGUAGUAAACUUUGUAUCUGGGGCUUUUCGUUGUUUUCCUCGUAAUACGAGAGAUGUCGCUAAAUUGCGUCUCAGAGGUGGGUUCAUUGCAUUGCGAUGGUUUGCCUUAAAUUGGCAGAAUUGUUUGUAUUUCCUUCAGAGUUGAAACUUCUGAGCUUCACUGAUGAGGCAUAAGGAUGCUGAAAUAGCUAUAUGGAGAUGGUGGUCCAACUCUGAAUCAAAUAUAAACAAAACCUGCCUUGAUCUUUUUUAUCUUUUUCAUUUUUACUCAGUUUGAGUAUUUAGAAACUGUCCAUCGGUCCUUUUCCUUGACGAAGGGAAGGUAAAUGCGUGGCCUAAGCGUCCUCUAUUUGCUUUCUCCUACUUUCGUCGUCUCUUGUGAUUAUAUAUUGUAAAAUCCGGAGAUAUGGGAUGUAGCCAGAAAGCAGUUUAUUAACGAAAAGUAUUGGAUUUAAAAUAUUGUUUAUUGUAUUUUUAUUUCAAUUAUUCUAAUUGUUUAAAAGGUGGUAAACUUUGCAUCUGGGGCUUUUCGUUGUUUUCCUCGUAAUACGAGAGAUGUCGCUGAAUUGCGUCUCAGAGGUGGGUUCAUUGCAUUGCGAUGGUUUGCCUUAAAUUGGCAGAAUUGUUUGUAUUUCCUUCAGAGUUGAGACUUCUGAGCUUCACCGAUGAGGCAUAAGGAUGCUGAAAUAGCUAUAUGGAGAUGGUGGUCCAACUCUGAAUCAAAUAUAAACAGAACCUGCCUUGAUCUUUUUUAUCUUUUUCAUUUUUACUCAGUUUGAGUAUUUAGAAACUGUCUUUCGGUCCUUUUCCUUGACGAAGGGAAGGUAAAUGCGUGGCCUAAGCGUCCUCUAUUUGCUUUCUCCUACUUUCGUCGUUUCUUGUGAUUAUAUAUUGUAAAAUCCGGAGAUAUGGGAUGCAGCCAGAAAGCAGUUUAUUAACGAAAAGUCUUAGAUUUAAAAUAUUGUUUAUUAUAUUUUUAUUUCAAUUAUUCUAAUUGUUUAAAAGGUAGUAAACUUUGUAUCUGGGGCUUUUCGUUGUUUUCCUCGUAAUACGAGAGAUGUCGCUAAAUUGCGUCUCAGAGGUGGGUUCAUUGCAUUGCGAUGGUUUGCCUUAAAUUGGCAGAAUUGUUUGUAUUUCCUUCAGAGUUGAGACUUCUGAGCUUCACUGAUGAGGCAUAAGGAUGCUGAAAUAGCUAUAUGGAGAUGGUGGUCCAACACUGAAUCAAAUAUAAACAAAACCUGCCUUGAUCUUUUUUUAUCUUUUACAAUUUUUUACUUUGUGGACCCGUAUAUCUCAGGGGGUAGCAUGUCGUGACUUCCACGCAGUUAGGCUAGGGUUCGAAACCCAGCACCAGCGAGAACAUCUAGACAUUUUUAAAUGUUUAUAGUGCCCAAGUCGACUCCGCCUGAAUAAAAUGAGUACCUUGGGUAAAACCAGGGGUAAUAAUAGGCAGUUGAAGCGUAGCACUGGCCCUGUUAAUACCUUUCUUGUAUACCGUAGGCGCUAGAUAUAACAGACUACCCUUCUAUAAUCCCAAAGCCACGUUAGCGGUAUGAAACGGGAGACUAUUCUUAUUACAAUGUUUUAGCAAAAAAUCAGACGGCUAUAGCCGCUACUCUCGCCCUAGACAUGUACUUAUGUACUUUAUAGCACUUACAAGGCGGUUUAUAUCGUACAAAAUAAAUUUACAAGUUUUUAACCCUUUAAUGCGCAGAACUCAUUGUUCUUAAGACGAACAUUUUCGAAAAAUUUGAAAUCAAAUUAAAUAAAUAAGGUGCCUGAUAGAAAAAACGGAAAUUAUCUUCAAACUUUUCUUUUAUGGGGUGGUAAAUAUUGCUAUUACUGGGCUUUUGACUGGGCUUGAAUGGUAUAGCUGUAGCAACAACGAAUUGUUUCGGUCAGCAGUUUCGAAAAUACGUAUAGCCCUGAUGAUCGCCAACCUUCGGAACGAAGAUGGCACUUGAAGAAGAAGACUGGGCUUUUGAGCACUUACCAUAGUUCAGUUGGUUAAUUUUUGGCUCGAAGGACCAAUGUUUAUGUAGGAAGUCUAACUGUAGGCUUUGUAGAGGGUGAAUUCGAUUGUGAGGAAAUAUUUAAAGAAGACGACGAAUCCUUAAAUAAAAAAUAAUUGUUGGUGAAUUGUGCUCGGUAGAAUCCCUGAUCAGUAGGGAUGGCGGUUAUUGACAAAACACCGGUUUUCAGUUAUACCGGAUUUUUUACUUACGGUUAUAACCGCCUGCUUCUAUCCUAUUCUGUGGCCUUGUCUAGAAGUAUAAAUAGACAAUUUCGUUUGUAUACAACCGGCAACAUUGCAUUUUAGUAACAGAACAACAUAAUCAAAAGUUAUAUUGGCGGACAUGGAUAUCAAAAUUGCCGACAGCGUUCUGGAUAAAGUUAAAUUAAUAUAAAAAUGUUAAAAAUUUGGUACCAAAAGUUCUUGUGUCUAAUCUUUCGUAUUCAUUGUAUAAAUUGAAAACAAUGGCUCUUAGUGCCAUAUACUAGUACUUAUAUAAAUAAUCGCGACAAUAUAAUGAAAUAUAAUAAAGUUUUUUCAUUUCGUUUUCAAAUUAUAGGUCUUAGCGUUUAAUAUAUCGACAAUAUUAAAUCUAAGAAAAAAUCUAUGGUCUUCGUUUACUUAUGUAAGAAUAUAUUUUAUACAAUUGUACAAAUUAUAAAGUAUUUUAAAUAUAUUUAAUUUCUAUACA